GUAGUAACGACUGUAAUCAAAAUUUCUAUGGAGCGACAUUUUUUUUUAAAAUAAUAUUUAUCUGAGUAGAGAGAAGAAAAAAUCAAAAAUGUCUCAAAGCAAUUGUGAAGACCUGCAUUUUGAAACUCAUCGACCAAGUCAAAAUCCUCUCUCAUAUUCGUUUGCUUUAAUAUCAAACACUAACGCUUCACAGUAUGAUUAUUUACAUCAACAAAUCAAAAAACAUCCUAAAUUCCUACAACCUAUUCAAAAACCCUCAACAAAGUUCUCAUUUUCAUCCAGUCAGAUUUAUGAUAUGGCGGAUAGAAUUAAGAGUGCUAGAAGUUUCUCUACAACUGCAGAUUCGUCAAUUGUUGAAGGAGAAGAGUGUUUUUCAAGGGAAAUCGAUAAUAAAUCAGACUUAUCAUAUUCAUCAAUUCAACAAUCUAUAGAUAAUAGAAGAUUUUCCUUAAGUUCUCUCUCGGAAACUAUAGCGUGUCCUAGUUGUGAAACUCAAAAUGAAUGCUUUGUUACAUGGUGCCAAAAAUGCUCAGUUCUUCUUUCCCAAAGGCAAGAACAACCAUCGGCCACGCUUAAACUUGAAAUUGAAUCAUCACCUUCAGCUCAACAAGAUGAAAAAUGUGAAAUACAAUCUAUUGAAAGUUCAGAUCAAGAAGUUGAUGAUUCAGCUGAGCAAGUUGUCUGUAAAUCAUCCAGGCCAGACUUUAUUCCUCCUUUAAAUCUUAACGUACUAGAGGAGCAAUCCGCUUCAAAAGCGUUCGGUAACGUUGAACCUGCACUAGUCGAUAGAGCGGAAGCCCUAGAAUUUGAAUACUUGUCACCAAAAGAGAAAAGUCAUAGAUCUCUAUCGGAUGAACUGAAGGAACAAUUAUCAAUUGACGUUGAAAAUUUAAAUGAAAAACCGAAAGUUCAAAUACCGGAAGAUGAUUUAUCAAUUUCAAAUGAAAGUAGUGACGAAGACGACGCACAGGAGAAAGCUAUUGAAAAGGCCAUAAUAAAGUUUCGAGAAGAACAACAAAAGGCUGAAGAAAAGAAGACAAGUAAACAAUUAUUCGUUCCUAGAGCUCCUCAGUCAUCACCGCCUAAAGUUAGGGAAGGUAAAUUUUGCAGAAAAAGGAACUUAGUAAGCGCCUCAGCAGCCGUAAAUUCUUACCAACCAAAAUGGCCUAAUUCUAGCUCAAUUAGAUCAUCCCAAGCAUUUAUAAGAGCAAAAUCGGCCAAUGGAAGGACAUGGUCUCAAAAUAAAUCUCUAGCUGACCCACUCAAUAGCAUGAAAAAAGAGGAACAACAAAUCGCUUCUUGGUUGAAACUACCUGAUGAAAUAUGGCUUGAAAUAAUUAAAUAUCUAUCACCGUACUCUACUGCACAAUUGGCGAGGACCUGCAACUUUUUCAGUAAUAUCUGCAAAGAUCAUACAUUAUGGACAAAUGCUACAAUAAAAGAUCGUACAGUUAAAGAAUACUGGCUAGAGGAAAUUAUUGAAAGAAGAGUAAAAAAUUUGAAACUAAUCCGAUGUAAAGGAGGAAGUUUACUAUCAGGUUCAUUAAGAAAAUUGUUUACAGGCUUAUCAAAACAUUUAACUAGUCUAACUGUCAAUAAAUGUAAAGGAGAUCAAUUGGCAGGCGAUGCAGUUAUUUUCUAUUGUUCAUCAAGAUGCAUAAAUCUAAAAUAUUUAGAUAUAUCUUGGUGUGGAGUUACCGACAACGGUAUUGAAGCCAUUGCAAACAGUCUUAAUAAAUUGAAAUGCCUAUGUCUCAAUGGAUGUCCGAAAGUAACGGAUACCGCAAUCCACUAUUUACUAUCCAAUUUACAAAAUAGCCUCAAGAGAUUAGAAUUAUCAGCUUGCUUUAGCCUCACCGAAAAAAGUGCCAUGUCAAUUUCUGAAUAUUGCCCAAAUCUUAAGUACCUAAGCCUAACUCAGUGCUGGAAAAUAACGGACGAAUCUGUUGAAAAUAUGGUUGUCAAGCUGCCUCAACUAGUUUCUGUAGACUUUGGAGGAAUUAUUAAACUACAGGAUAGUACUGUAGAACUCUUAUGUACAAAGUGCGAAAAUAUCGAAAAGAUUGUUCUAGCGAGUUGCCCAGCUAUAACAGAUAAUAGCUUAGUUUGUAUAUCGAAUUUAUCACCAAGUAUUUCUUAUUUGGACGUUUCGGGUUGUAAAAAAGUUGGUAAUAAAGGCAUAUUCGCCAUAUCUCGAAGAUGUAAUCGUCUAACAUAUUUAGAUGUAAGUUCAACAGGAAUAGGAAAUAGUGGAGUUUGUUCAGCAGCAAAUUAUUUUGUUAAAACUCUUAAAAUAUGUAAAUUAAACUUUUGUCAAAGUUUGACAAUGUCAACAUUUAAGAAAUUAAUUUCUAAUUGUAAAUCAUUGGAGAAAUUAUACGCCUAUGGAAUUUCAAGUAUUAGAAAUGCUGCAGAAUUACAUGUUAUUAAUCCCAAUUUAUGGAUUGAGAAAUAAAUCUGUUCUGAUUAAUUGAUUAAUAAAAACUAAAUAUAUAUAUACAUAUCUAUAUAUGUUUACUAUUUAAGUAAAUCUUCUAUUCCUCUUAAAAAACUUGUCCAAAAUAUAGAGCUAUUCCAAAAAAAUUACUCAAAAACACAUAAAAACAAAUUCAAUCUAGAUGGCGCACUCUACUAACUAUUUGUUCUUUUCA